GGCCAGCUGGCGGGCUGGCUCUGCGCCCCUCUCCUCGGUUGUCGUCUUCUGCUGUCCCCAACUACGUCCCCAAGCCCGCUGUCCCGCAAAGUCGUCAGCCGGGCCCUGUCGCCCCCAGGCUCUGCCUGUCCCUGCCUCCCCCGGCCGCGCCGAUUGGACAGCAAGGUGUCACCCAGCGGAAAGUUUUCGUGCCGGGAGGAAGUUGAACCCUCGGAGGCCGCGGGAGGGCGGGCGGCCAUGGAGGAGGAGGAGGACGGGGAGGGGGCCCUGGGCAAGAGCCCCUUCCAGCUGACCGCCGAGGACGUGUACGACAUCUCCUACGUUGUGGGCCGCGAGCUGAUGGCCCUGGGCAGUGACCCCCGCGUGACCCAGCUGCAGUUCAAGAUCGUCCGCGUGCUGGAGAUGCUGGAAGCGCUGGUGACCGAGGGCGGCCUGGUGGCGGAGGAGCUGAGGAUGGAGAGGGACAACCUCAGGAAGGAGGUGGAGGGGCUGCGGACCGAGCGCCCUCCAGCCACCGGGGAGGUGAACCUGGGACCCGACAAAAUGGUGGUUGACCUGACGGAUCCGAACCGGCCGCGCUUCACCAUGCAGGAGCUGAGGGACGUGCUCCAGGAGCGCAACAAACUCAAGUCGCAGCUGCUGGUGGCACAGGAGGAGCUGCAGUGCUACAAGAGUGGCCUGAUUCCACCAAGAGAAGCUCCAGGAGAAAGAAGAGAAAAAGAUGCCCUGGCUACCAGGGCCAGCAAUGCCAAUGGUGACAAGGAGGAGAAGACAGUCAUGAAGAAGCUGUUUUUUUUCCGGUCAGGGAAACAGACCUAGAUGACGGCCAUGGCCAAGGCAGUGGCUCUCAGGCUUGAGAAGACAGUCACCAAGAUGAUUCCAGCACCAUCGCUCUAUGCCACCCACCCACACUGUGUCACAUGUUUAUCUCCCCUCACAGUCAUCUGAGGAGGAAAUAAAGUGAGCCAGGGCUCACUUGCUCCUGGGCUGCAGAACUGGAAAUCCUUGAAGGUUUGGCCAGGGCAGGUGAAGCAGUACCAAGAAAUCUGGAAGCAGAAUGAACAGGAGAGGGGCCACCUCUUGCCUCAGCUGCCCAGAGAAGCCUCCAGGGUGCUGACUGGCCUGGCCCCACAAUGAUCCUGGUGUUUAAUGUGUGGUAGGGAGAAAAAAGUUGGAAAAUAUGAUGCUGACUUUCCAGUGCUGAUUUCACCGAUAUUUAAUGAACGUUUCAUGUUGUUCCACGUGCCUUUCUUUACAUAAUUUUGUAUUAAAGUAUAAUGACUUUCACACUU